ACACUCUCACUCCACCAGCGCCUUCUCUCAAGAGUGUUGGAUGUCAUCUAUCUCUUGUCCGUUUGUUCCAUUCCAUUCCAUUCCAUUACACCGUUGACCACUCAUGAUUCUUCUACAAAGCCUCUCGCAGUGGACGCUACGGCUCUGCCAUCACUUUUCGCAACCCUUUAUUCGUCAAUCGGCGUGUCGCCCUCUCUUGGUGGGUCAACAUGACAUGAUAAAUGAUGAUGAGGAUAGCAUUUGGUCCGAUGCGCUGUGGUUUGCCGUUCCCAAGAAAAAGGUCACCCGAUCCAAAAAGCGCAUGAAGACCACUGCUCAAAAGAGAAUCAAGUUGAAGCAACAUAUCAUUGACGAUCCCAGAACGGGAGAGCCGACAUUGCGACACAAAUUGCCGUUAAAGUGGAAGGACUAUUUGCCCAAAAUGGACUAGCUUGUCGAAAUGAUGGAACGAGAGAACGAGCAAGCAAGAAGUGAUGGUGGUAUCGAGUUGGCUUUAUAUGUAUUACCUGGAGCGCUGGAUCCAUUCUUCGAGCUGACGAAACGAAGAUUCCAGUAAAGGUUGGAGAAUCGAAUAUCGAAUGCACUGAAAACGACAAUUUCGAAGACUGGGCACCUCGGAAAAGGGUGAUGGACCCACCAGAUGGUAUUAUUGAUAGGUCUAGCUAGUAGGAACUACACGUUAAACACUACAAUAUGGAUACAGCAAUGAUCAUUUAACUACUGGUACCAAACAUACAUUGUACCCUUACUGUCAGGUGCAAUUCUUGGCUUUUGGCCUAGUAACUUGUAGA